AUGGCUAGCUUCUCAGCCAAGAGCAAUAGCAAAUACAAUGCCAGGUCAAUUAGCUUCCCUUCAAGAACUCAUCCAACGACACACAGGAUCGAUAUUGAGCUCAACAAGCUCAAAUCAUUGGAGGUGAAGUACCGGACACCGUCUUCCAGGUCAGUCCUGGCCGGGCUAUCGGGCCUAGAGGAGCUGUACAUUUCCCUUGGUGACCUCCUCAACAUGUCAUCAACGCAGCAAGCCCUCUCUUGCGUCCAUGGACGAAGCUGCACCAAUGGACUAUUGGAAGGAUCAAUCCGGCUUCUUGACGUUUGCGGGUCCAUGAGGGAAAUGCUGAUGCAGAUCAAAGAGCAUGUCCAAGCCCUCCAAUCUGUGCUCCGGCGGAGAAAAGGUGAUUCGAGCAUUGAGGCGGUGUUCUCCGAUUAUGCCAACUUCAGGAAGAGAAUGAGGAAGGAGGCCAGAAGGCUGAAGCAAAUUAUGGGAGUGAGCUUGCGUGGAGCUUCCACACUUCUCGUUGAUGAUCCCCAACUCUCAUCAUUAGCGAGAGUGCUAAGUGAAGUCGAUACUGUGAGCACUUCGGUCUUCCAGUCUAUCGUAUCAUUCUUGGCAAUGCCAGUGCCAAGGAGCAAGCAAAGCAAGUGGUCACUGAUGUCACGGUUGGUGCACAGAGGAGCGGUAGCAUCUGAAGACGCAAACCAAGAAGAUGCGAAUGAAUUUGAAUAUGUGGAUGCAUCGCUCUUUGCUCUACGUAAACACGGUGCGAAUGACGGGUUUGAUAGCGAGAAGUUGCAGAGCACACAACAUCAGUUAGGGGCUCUGGAGAUGAGCAUUGGUGGAAUUGAGAAUGCCUUGGAGGGUCUCUACAGGAGACUGAUUAGAACAAGGGCCUCUCUUUUGAACAUUAUCUCCCAUUAA